UAUGGUACGGUGAGAGUAACGGCCGCCGGCCUUUAAUAAGUUCCCCUGCAACUUCCACGAAAGAACACCGCACCACCACCCUCUCUUCCCGUGUAUACGCUGCGGCCACGUAUUUGAAUUGCCAGCAAAAAACUAGCUAUACAUUCACAUCUCAUCUAUCAGAUCAACGCCAUUUAUAUUAAUUGGAUCUCCAUCUCCCAUCCUCCAUAUCUCAUCAUCUUUAUUUCUCUCUGGUCGUUUUGUUUCUCAGCUUACGCCAGAUUAAUUUUAAACUUUCAAAAUUCCUGUUCAAGAGUCACCGAAAAAGGUAAAUCGCGAGUUGUCCUGUCAAUCCCUGUUCAAGAGUCGCUGGAAAAGGUAAAUCGCGAGUUGCCCUGUCAGUUCCAGGUUGUUGAGAUGGCGGGAGUGGGGUGCGGCGAGGUGGUGUUUGAGGACUUGUUUCCGGCGAUGGUGGAGAGUCUGGGGACGGAGGGGUUUAUGAAGGAGCUCUGUGACGGGUUCCGGCUGCUGGCGGAGGAGGAGAAGGGCGUUAUCACGUUCGAGAGCUUGAAGAAGAAGUCGUCGGCGCUGCUGGGGCUGCCGGCCAUGAGCGACGAGGAGGUGCGGUGCAUGUUGAAGGAAGGGGACAUGGACGGCGAUGGCUGUUUGAAUAAGAUGGAGUUUUGUGUUCUCAUGUUUAGGUUGAGCCCAGAUUUGAUGAACAAAUCAAGAUUGUGGCUAUUUGCACCAGAUAGAUCAUCACACUAGCUAAAUCAUCACCUUCAUCUACACUUUGACAUUUAAUCAUUUGUGUUUUUAAUUUCAUUCUCCAUCAACUAUACAUUAUCUUGUAACAUUUAUGCAUAUAUAUAUAUAUGAUUCUUUGUGUUCCAUUCAA